AUGGAGUCAGGAAGAAGCGCCAGGAAGACCACGGUGUCGGCUACGGCGGAACCGCAACAGCCAGAGCACGAGGGCAACGCUGAAAAUGGCAGCGAAGCAUCGCAGGACCCUACUGCAGGCAUCAAGGAGCUGGACGGUUGGAAGGCGGAUAGGGCAGAUAUACCAGGCCCUUGGCGCAUUUUCUACCCGUUGUCACUCAAGGACACCGUCGGCCUUUAUCCGAACGUCAACAUCAGGCCGUCCGUGCUGUUCUGCGACAUCACCGGCGCCGUGACGGGUCCGGAGCACCCCGACUCGGGCAAAGGGUCGUUCUUACUGGACGCGGGCGACAGCGUAGAUAUCGACGACGGCGAAUCGUUCGUCCACAAUCGGAAGUUCGCCACGGUAUUGCUCAGCGGGAAGAACUUCUCCAACAUCAGGCUGGUGCUGCUUGGCAGGAUGUUCUACUCCAAGACGUACGUCCUCAACGAGCUCAAAGGCGUCGUGCGCAUGAGGUCGGCCAUGUUCGUCGGCCAAGCCUUUGUGGAGUCAUACGUAUGUGCCACCGCAAAACAACACAUGCCGUCGCAGAGGAACCCCUCGGUCACGGAAGCGCUGCACAGGAUCAAAAGAAGGAUCACUGUGGUAGGUGCAACUGCCGCACGACGCAUACGGUCGCAGCUGGACAGACAGGGCAACGAGGUGGACCCGCUCACGUGGGAGCUACAGCCGCUGAACGCCCCCGGGUCGCCGUUCAGGUGGAUGCACGGCACCGACAAGUGGAAACUGCUGGGGCCGUGCACGGCGUACAGGGUGCUGGGACCCGGCGUCCAUAUCCCUCACAAACCCAUGAUCUACGACAAGUACAGAAUGGCGGACCUGUACAACAUGGUUGACCCGCUCAAGCUCAACAAAACGCCGUAUACUGCGCUGGAAAAAAUAGAAGAGGAGACGCGAAGGGUGAUCGACGCGGUGUUCGAACCCACUGACAAGCCGAUGAACGAGUUCCGGGUCACGGAUCGGGACUACCUAAAUCAGCUCUAUGAAGAGGUCAGUGGCCAACACGCUCGAACGUCCUCACACUGCUCGUAG